AUGGAUGAUACUACUCAAUUUGAUGAGCAACCUUUGGAUGCUGUCUUUGGUGACAGAGUUAGAAGAUUUCAAGAAUUUUUGGACAGAAUAGAUGCAAAUACUGGUGUUGAUUACAGAGCUCAAAUAAGAGACUUGAUUAUUAAAGGUAAAUACAGAUUAAAUGUUUCAAUUGAUCAAAUCAGAGAUUUCGACAGAGAGUUUUGGCAAGGGUUAUUGAACCAACCUGCUGAUUAUUUACCGGCUUGUGAGCGUGCUUUAAGAGACACAGUUUUAACAAUUUACGAUCCUAGUGACUCAUCGUUCCCAAGUGACUUUGAUACAAACCAGCAGUAUUACUUGAGUUUUAAGGGAGCUUUUGGUAGUCAUUCAAUCACCCCUAGAUCCAUUGACUCAAAUUACUUAUCAAAGAUGGUGUCGAUUGAAGGUAUUGUCACAAGAGCUUCUUUAGUUCGCCCUAAAGUCAUUAGGUCAGUGCAAUAUGCUGAUGCUACUGGUAGAUUCUACGCAAGAGAAUACAGAGAUCAAACCACUUCUUUUGAUGCUAUUUCAACCCCUCCAAUUUAUCCCACUGAAGACAUGGAUGGUAACAAAUUGACUACCGAGUAUGGUUAUUCAACGUAUAAAGAUCAUCAAAAAAUAUCUGUUCAAGAGAUGCCAGAAACUGCACCAGCAGGUCAAUUACCCAGAUCCGUGGAUGUCAUUUUAGAUGAUGACUUGGUGGAUCUUACAAAACCAGGAGACCGUGUUCAAAUUGUUGGGGUUUACCGUGCAUUGGGUGGAGGUGUAAACAACAAUUCUUCAUUCAAAACAGUUAUUUUGGGAAAUUCUGUUUACCCACUACAUGCUAGAUCGACUGGUGUCGCGUCACAAGAAAAGAUUACCGAUCACGAUAUCAGAAAUAUAAACAAGCUUUCCAAAGACAAGAAAAUAUUUGAUAUCUUAUCUCAGUCAUUAGCUCCUUCGAUUUAUGGAUUUGAGCAUAUCAAGAAGGCAGUUUUGUUGAUGAUGAUGGGAGGUGUGGAAAAGAAUUUGGACAAUGGUACCCAUUUGAGAGGAGAUAUCAAUAUUUUAAUGGUUGGUGACCCAUCGACAGCAAAGUCUCAAAUCUUGAGAUUUGUUUUGAAUACGGCUUCAUUGGCUAUUGCAACAACUGGUAGAGGUUCUUCUGGUGUUGGUUUGACUGCUGCAGUAACCACUGAUAAAGAAACCGGUGAAAGAAGACUAGAAGCCGGUGCGAUGGUUUUAGCAGACAGGGGGAUUGUGUGCAUUGAUGAGUUUGAUAAGAUGUCGGACUCAGAUAGAGUAGCGAUUCACGAAGUCAUGGAACAACAAACUGUCACCAUCGCUAAAGCAGGUAUCCAUACCUCCUUAAAUGCUCGUUGUUCUGUCAUUGCAGCAGCCAACCCAGUAUUUGGUCAGUAUGAUGUACACAAAGAUCCACACAAGAAUAUUGCUUUGCCGGAUUCGUUGUUAUCUCGUUUCGAUUUGUUAUUUGUUGUCACGGAUGACGUCAAUCCAACCAAAGAUAGAGUCAUUUCAGAACAUGUAUUGAGGAUGCACAGGUUUGUGCCUCCCGGAAUGAUGGAAGGAGAGCCAAUCAGGGAAAAAUCAAAUGUGACACUAGCCGUUGGUGAUGACGAGGUAAAUGAACAAGAGUUGUUGGAACAACCAGUUUUCGAAAAAUUUAACGCUUUAUUACAUGCUGGUGUAGCAAGAAAUUCCAAGAAAUCGCCUACGAUCUUGUCAAUUCCAUUUUUGAAAAAGUACAUUCAAUAUGCCAAACAAAGAAUCAAGCCUGUACUAACAAAGAGUGCGUCUGCUUAUAUUGUAACCACUUAUUCAUCGCUAAGAAACGACUUGAUUGGAAACAAUCAAAGAAACACAGCACCAAUCACAGCUAGAACUUUGGAAACUUUAAUCCGUUUGGCUUCAGCUCACGCCAAGGUGAGAUUGUCCAAAAGUGUAGAGGUCAAGGAUGCUAAAGUUGCCGAGGAAAUGUUGAGAUACGCUUUGUUCAAGGAAAUCCCCAAGAAACAAAAGAAAAAGAGAAGAACCGUUGCUGAAACUUUUGAUUCAGAGCUGGAAUCUGAGGAAGAUUCAGAGGAAGAAAUAGCGGGAACUAGACCAAGUACGAGAAGAACUAGGCUAACGGAACAGCAAGAGCAACAACAACAGAGAACUCCAGAAACCACGCCAGAGCCACCAUUGGGUCAUCAAGAUAACGAUGGUGAUACAGAAGAGGUCGGUGAUGAGUUGGAGCAAUUCCACAUAACAAACGAGAAUGAACAACAAUCUUCUCAGGCCGAAGAUACUCAAUCUAGUUCCCACAUACAUCCACUUAGUGAUAGAGCAACUAAUACCGAACAGCCAUCCAGGAUAAGUUCAGAAAGGUUCCAAACCUUCAGAAGAGUACUUCAAAAAGUUAUUCGCUCUGAAGUGUUUACAGGUCCCGAGUCACAACGUAUUGCUCCUAUUGAAAGUGUCACGACUGCCAUCAAUGAAGAAAUGGCACAGGAGGAGAAAUUUACAGAGUCUGAAAUCGAAACCGGACUUGAGAAGAUGCAAGAUGAUAACAAAAUUUUCCUCGCUGAAGGUAAAGUGUGGACAAUGUAG